UUUUUUGUUUAACAGUUAGUUUCGUCGCAUCGGUUGCUUCAUAGUUUUCAAUUGACAAAGUUCUAUUUUUUUUUUGUUUUGGAAAAAGAAAAAUAUAUAUAAAAAAAAAUGUCUGGACGUGGUAAAGGUGGUAAAGUAAAGGGAAAGGCAAAAUCUCGCUCAAACCGAGCUGGAUUACAAUUUCCUGUAGGACGUAUACAUCGUUUGUUGAGAAAAGGCAAUUAUGCAGAACGAGUCGGUGCCGGAGCUCCAGUAUAUUUGGCAGCUGUUAUGGAAUAUUUGGCAGCCGAAGUACUCGAAUUAGCAGGAAAUGCUGCUAGAGAUAACAAAAAGACCCGUAUAAUUCCAAGGCAUUUACAAUUAGCCAUUAGAAACGAUGAAGAAUUGAAUAAAUUGUUGUCUGGAGUAACCAUCGCACAAGGUGGUGUUCUUCCUAACAUUCAAGCUGUACUUUUACCGAAAAAGACAGAAAAGAAAGCUUAAUUCUUUAUUAAUUAUAUUAUUUUUCUUUAUUUUAUCGAAAUACAUAUGCAUAAACCGGCCCUUUUAAGGGCCA